GGGAUGUCUAAAUUAUUUUUUUUUUGCAUUCUAGCGUUAAACAUGUCAAAUGACGUGGCCGGGGCGACAUUUAUGGCAGCGGCCACCUCAGCGCCGGAACUUUUCGUCAACGUCAUCGGAACCUUCAUCACGGAGGGGGACAUCGGCGUUGGCACAAUCGUGGGGUCGGCCGUUUUCAACAUCCUGGCAGUUGCCGCCUGCUGUGGAAUCGGUGCUGGAAUGGUAGUUCCACUCGAUUGGUGGCCACUGACGAGGGAUUGUCUGGCGUAUGGAAUCACGGUGGCCAUCCUGAUUUGCAUCAUCCACGACGAGCGAGUCGAAUGGUAUGAAGCCCUAAUCUUGGUUCUGCUUUACAUUGUGUACAUCGCAGUGAUGUACUACGACAAAUCGUUCCAGAAAUGUGCCAGGGGUGGAUUGAAGCACGCUCGCAACCGAAGAUCACACGACACCUCCAGUAGUAUUAAAUCCGCUUCCAGCAGAGAACCAGAGGCCGUCGAUGCGCAUCUCCCGCUACGCAUAAGCCACUUUCAGCAGAACGGAAAUCUCAAGAACGUCACUCACAUCGAUGCUGGUUCGAGCAAUAACGAGCUGACGUCGGUGGAUUUGGAGAUGCAAAUUAAGCCCAUCAGUGGCUCGGGCACAGGAACAGGAGCAUCUCACGGGGGAGUGGCAUUGGCAGCGGCGGCAAAUACCGUAUUGGCCGAACAACAACAGCAGCCGAUCAGCAAACGACGUCACAGUUUGAAUGAAUUGGAUGAAAGUGAUCAACCUCCUCCACCGCCAAGUCCCACCACUCCACCACUUUCCUCGGAGAACAGCGUCGAAUCGGUGAAACAACAAUCGUUGAAUGGUGCCGAGUUAUCGGGGAAAGAUUUCUCCGAUUCAGAAAAAGGAACGGUUCAUAAAAACGGUGUCGAGUCGAUCGAGGAGCAAACGACUCCUCAGGCGACGGAACCGGAAGAGCAUGUGGAUGAAGAAUUUCAGCUGUUCAAAUAUCCCUCGGGUCAGAGCAAGUUUCGGCAGUUUUCCUGGUUUCUUACGUGGCCGAUCUAUUUGCUGUUUGUGUUCACCAUCCCCAACUGUGAGAAGCCGAGAUUUAAGAACUGGUUCCCGUUGACCUUCAUCAUGUGCAUCGUAUGGAUCGGAUCGCUGUCCUAUGUGGUGGCGUGGAUGAUAACGAUCAUUGGCGAUACGCUCAAGAUACCGGACUCGGUGAUGGGCAUCACGUUUCUGGCAGCCGGUACCAGUGUGCCCGAGGCAGUCUCCAGCGUCAUUGUCGCCAAGCAAGGUCAUGGUUCGAUGGGAAUCAGCAACUCGAUUGGGUCGAAUACGUUCGACAUUCUGUUGUGUUUGGGAUUGCCGUGGUUCUUCAAGGCUGCGUUUUCACCGAUUGAAGACGGUCAUCACUGGGUCGGUAUCAACUCGGCUGGGCUAGAGUAUUCGGCGAUUUCGUUGCUUUCGACACUUCUGAUGCUGUACGUAGCCUUCUCGAUGAACAAGUUCAAGCUCGACCGACGGGUUGGCAACGCCUGUUUGAUCAUGUAUGCAGUAUUUCUCAUCUUGGCUAGCCUCAUCGAGUUGAAUGUUUUCUUCCCAGUUAAUCUUCCGACCUGCGUUCGGUGAACGCCGAAAUUGCGUUAGCUAACGCUCUGCAAAAUCAUUGUCGAAUUCAGCUCCUCCUUCGCCAAAUCGUGUGCAUGAGGAGCGUUAAGAGUGUUGUGAAUGCAACAGGCUGAAGCUGUUAGUAAAAUUGUUAUUGUUGUUGUUUGAAAGCGAAAUAAUUUUUGACAACGCCCCUUGGAUUAAGAUCGACAAUGAAACCCGAAAAAAAACUGAUAACAAAACAAAACAACAUCACAAAAAAAAAUUAAAACAGAAAAAGAGGCGGGGCAUUAACCUUGUUAUUGUUAACGAAAGUUGAAAAGGCGUCAAAUUUAAAGCUGUAUUUAACUUAAUGCCGAUUGUGACAUUGGUCCCAAUGAAAAUGUUAGAUGGUUAAGCAUAAAAAAAUGUCUUUUUAAAGGCAGAAAACGUUGUAAACAAAUUCCAAAGAUCAUAGCCAAGUACCAAAAAUAAAUUCUCUCUACACAUGUCUAAGUUAGCCGAAUCUGCCGGUUUUGCGACUCAAAAAAGAAUCAAUUCCGUUAAAUCAAACCAAAAGAGACAACACUGUCGUAAUCCAAAAUCAAAGGAUCAGCUUAUCUAUUUUGUUAUCCAAAAUAAAAAAAUCGUUGUUGUUUGCAGGAAACUGUUUGUCAUACAUCGUUUUUCAUCAGAUGUUAUUCAGUAUAACAAAUAGAAAGAAAACAAAUAGUCAUUUUCAAAUGUUGGAUCUGAAAAUUUUCAUAGAAGCUUUACAAUAGCACCAAAACAAUAAAAAAAGUGCUCCAUUUGUUACAAUACAAUGUAUCUCAUUUGGAUUCAUGCCAUUUUAAACAGUAGGUGAAUUUAAUAAUAAGAAUUUAAAUUGCUUCUUUGAUAUUCCUGUAGUAGUGAACUUUUUCCUCUGUUGUACAUAUGCGUCUGCAAAUGAUUUCUCCGUGUUUUAUGUUUGUUUCAAAUGUGCAGAAAGCUUAUCUUAGCAAAGAAGAGUAAAGAUAUGAUUUU